AUGCGUUUCCAAUUAGCUGCGGCUGCGUUGGCCCUUCUUCAGGAUGUAGAGGCUGGUCCUUUACGUGUCUACCGCCAGCGCCCCGUUCGUGCCCGUGAUGGGCCAAUUUCUGUUCUCGCGGCGCCAUCAUACCUCAGUGUUAUCCCGAUUCACCCGACUGGUGGCAUGACAACCACGACUUCCGAUGGCAGCACCCCAACGAGCAGCAGUACGAGAUCCAAGGAUACAACCACUCGCUUCACGUCGAUUGAACCAACCCCUGUCAAGUCUGAUCCCUCUGUCAGCACGCCAACCGUGGUGCACUCUCUUGACCCGGAGCCCAUCUCACUCAAGCCAGCACCAUCCAGCACGGGCUCGACGCAACAAACCACAUCGGCUUCAGAAAGCUCCAGCAGCUUGGCUCGUGCCAGUGAUGCUCCAUCCAGCACUCCCACCAGUGCUACCGAGACUGCGUCCACAAAGCCAUCCUCAUCUGCUGACCAGUCAUCCUCCUCUGCUACAACCACCAGCAGCGUCCCCAUCGCCACGUCUUCUUCAUCUUCUGUCCCUACCACAACAUCUGACAGCCCUCGCGGCCAAUCUUCCUCCGUCCCAGCUCAGAAGAGUACCUCUGAGGCAGCAGCCCCCAACAGCUCUCUCACAGGAUCUCCCUUUACAACACUCCAACCCCAAACAAGCACUACACCCGAAGCCUCGUCCCCUCCCGUCUUUGCUACUACUCCCAGCAAGCCCAACCCCGUCAUCCCAACCAUCAUCGCCCCCAAGCCUCCCCAGUCUACCGCUUCAGUUGCUCCUGAUGCAUUUGCUGCCAACCUGCGCCAGGCACAGAUCUACAACAAGGCCUUUGAGAGUCUGACAUCAAACUCGCCAUGCACAGCUAACCAAGCUGCCUGCGUUGGCACAAAACAAGCUGUCUGCAACUCUAGCGGCAGUUUCGACCUCAUCGGCUGCCCUAGCGGCCAGGCUUGCUUUGCGCUCCCCAUGACCACUUACAACGGCAUCAUGGUUGGAUGCCACGAUGUAGCUGAUGCUGAAAAGAUCCUCGGCAGCGAACAAAAGCCUACUUCGCCAUCCACUCCUACUUCUCUUCCCUCUUCCUCUUAUUUCAUUCUUACACCCGUUCCUAAAGUUUCCACUCCUGCUGCACAACCUCCCGCAUCGACCCCCCUCCCAUCUUCUGAGCCCACUACAUCCGUCACCAAGACAAGAAGCAUGACCACGACCCUCGUUGUCACGCCUCCUGCAACAAGCGCGCCCCCCGCACCCAUCGCUCCCUCAUCCACUUCUUUGAUCUUGACUGCCAUCACCAUCACGCCUCCGGCCGCUCCUCCAGCCCCAUCCGCCAAGCCUACCUUCAACCCCGGAGUUAGCAUCUUCGAUCCCAACGGACCUCCUCCCGAGAUCAACCGCACUUCUCUCCAAGUUCUCAUCCCUGGCAAGAAGUCUUCUCUGGUCGUGGCGCCUGCUGCAGUCCCUACCCACGCACCCGUGGCCGCAAUGGACAAUGGUGAUGCGCGCGUGACGCAGACUGUCUCCGUCACAACAACCAUCAUCCAAAAGGAGACCGUCACUGCUACUAAGACGGAGAAGGAGACUAUUCGCGAGACCGUCACUCUCCUUGUUCCUUCUGGCACUCAGUAAAUAUAAACGAAAAAAAGAGAGAAUGUACACACAUUAUGUUGUUUUAGACGGUGGUGGUAAUAUCUUUGAUUUUUGUUUUGUUAUUUAAAGCUGGUCUGGUCCUUUCCUGCGUAUAGAAAAUCAGAAGUGAGCUGUCUGGUACAUAGCCGCUGACCCUGUUUUAUAGUUUGGUACUGCACCUUAAUAAUACGUUUUAACUGCCCGUUUUUUUUAACAGAAACUUUCAUUCUGCGAG